UAAUUUUCCAAAUGCAUAAUUUGCUACAUCUUAAUACUAGUAUGAUGAAAUAUCUAGACGGAAUUUCAUGUGCAUCUCACACUUGUUGUUGCGCAGCACCAAGUGUUGCUGCAGAAAACUAUGAUUGUGUUUCAAAACCUAAUGAGAUUCCUUCCUAGACAGCAUUUAUUGAAUUCUGAUUCUAACAUGCUUAUUCUGAUUUCAAGCAUGAUGUGCAGAUGCUACACGCGUCUAAAAUACUGCACGCGCUGCCUGUAACGCACAAAAAUGUACAACGCGCCUGCCGUCUAUUUAGGCAACUCAUUAGGAUUUGACACACAGCCGGUAGAUUUAGAGAAGUGUUCGACGAAAUGAUGUGUGGUUGGACAUGACAGGCCCAAUGACUCUUAUGUUUUUCUCACCACAAACCAACUCCGUGUGAGUGUUGUGCUCGUGGGUUGGCUGGUGUUAAGGCAGCUUCACACAGCGCGUCUUCCUCAUUAAAACUUCGGACAUAAGAGCAUUAAGAACUAAACAAAUGCGAGCUCCGUCGGUCAGUAACCAUAUAACUUAUCUUAAAGGACUUACCUUACAAAAAGGAGACGUGCCUGUAAUGGUUGUGAAGAAACAUUAGCAAAUUAAACUUCGUGGGAGCUUCAUUGGUCUGUCUGCACUUCAGAAUUUUUCAUUUAAUCGGAUAUGGAUGCUCCUGAAAGUUCGAACCGCUUUGGUCGAACUAUUUGGACUGUUUGGGGUUAUCUGUCAGGGGCUGUUGCAAGAUAUCUCAGACCGGAAGUCACAGAUGAAGGAAACCAAAGUGUUCGUUCCAGAUUAGAUGACGUUGACUUGAAAAGCACAGGAAACAAGAUUAAUAGAGAAGUAAAGGCAAAUAAUAGUGAGAAUGAAGAGAAAAAAGAUAAUCAAAAUGACAAAAGUACAGCAGAGGUCAAGUGUUCCCCGCCUGAAUACAGAGUGCAAGUGGCCUCGGUACCAUGGGAAAACACUGAUGUGGUCAAGGACGACAAAAAUGAUGAACUUCGUGUUGUCACCACAAGAAAACAAGCUUACUAUUGUGCAGUGUGGUCAGCUGAGGCCGAUCAUGGAGAGAGAGUUUCAGGUGCUUCAGAAAGCGAAGGACGCAAGAGUGGCGAUGUUGAGGAAGAAGCAGUUUCAUCCGAUGAGGGUCAGGCUGAAAGAGUUAAUGCAAACAGCGAGUGUAAGGAGAAUGAAACUGCUCAAGAGUUGGAUGAAACUGGGCAGACUGAACAAAAACAUGGUGACAAUGAAGAAUGUGAUCAGAAACGUGAGAAUGAAAAGUGUUCAAAGAAGAGAGAAGAUCCAGAUAACGCAGAUGUUACUGUUCAAUCUGAGAUUUAUGGACAAGAUGUAGAACAGGAAAAAGAGAUAAACAUGAUGGACCAUGGAGAGACAGAAUGCAUUGGGGGUUUUAAACAUGCAGAUGAAUGUCAUUUUGAUGAAAAGGACCAGGAGAAAAAUGAAGACCAAAGAACCCAGUCACAAGUGCAAGAUUUGCUACCAGAGCUGGAAUGUUCUUCAGAGGAAACUGACAGCCUUUCAAAGAUGAAGAUCCUUCCUGAAGAUCUGACAGAAAUGGAAAAAUAUUUUGAUGAAAUUGCUGAAUUGUCUAAAAAUGAGGUUGAAGAGAUGAUUCCUGGAGCUAGGGGUGGAACUGAAAGUGAACAAGACAUGACUAAAUCUGGGUUAUUGGAGUCAGUGGAAACACCGCAAAGAGUUUCCAAAGAAAUAUCUGAAAAAAACGUAUCGGACAAUGAAACGGAACUGAAAAUGACUUCAGUAUUGGAUGAGUUUUUUGAAACCGUUAAUACAUCAGAAGACACCCUGCAGCUGGAUUCAAAACAGGAUACUCCAGAAAAUACUUCAGAAACAGGAACUGGAUUGCCUGUGGUGGACAUUAAACCUGAAGGCAUGUUUUCAGAUCUGAUUGUUUGCGAGUUCCCUGGAGAAUUGAGGAGAGGGCCAGAGACUGCAUUGGCAGAGCCUGCUUUGGGAUGUUCUGAGGAGAUCAAAAUUAACCUACGUGAGCCCCAAAGUCUUGCAGAAGAGCAAACAGAAAGAGAAACUUUUGUCGCACGCUCUGUUGAGCAUCCUGAGACACAGAAAGUAGCUGAGGAAGCUGUUGAGAUUGAACAAGACAUUGAAACUCCAAUCAAAUCCUUGGGUGCAACAGAAAGUCAGACACAUCUGUUAAUACACAAAACCAAGUUCCCUCUUAAAGAACAUGUUGAAUUAAGAACCGAACCGACUGAUGAAACAACGGAAACAAAUAUCAGUUCCGAAGAUGAGGAAGGAGAACCAUUUGAGACACAAAGUCAAUCAUCAAACACCAAAAAUGUCACUUUUCAAACACAUGAGCUUCUGGAGUUCACAGAAAGAGAAUGCAAAUCAUCUCAAGAAACAAUGGACACUUUCAGUGAAUCUCUGGGAAAUUCAGGUGUUUCUGAAAUCGCUGGAACUGCAGAGAUAGAGCAUGUUGCAGAGGACCAAACCGAUGCGAAACCUGUAUUAACAAGGACUUUGAGCCCAGCAGAGUUUCUGGAGGAAACGCUAGAUCUGCAAGGUGAAUCAGAGCAAUGUAUUGAGAAGCAGGAGACUCUGGACGCAGAUGUGAUGAAGACCGCUUUAGAGUAUGUAGAAGAAGUAAUGAAUCAAGUCUUGAAGGAAAUGAUAGAAACAGAAAAUAACUUAAUACAAGAAACAGAAACUUUAGCAGGACUUUCAGCAGAAGAUCUUGGUGAUGCAGAAUAUCAAGGACCUGAAGAAUGUGUGUCAGUAGGUGCAUUUGUUCUGGAAGAAGAAAGGAAGUUAUUGGGUGAGACAAUGGGAAGUAUGGUAGAAAUGGAGCUGGAAACCGCAAUUAGGGAAGUUGCUAAACAAAAUAAGCAACAUAUUAUUAGUUCACCAGAAUGUGAAACAACUGAAGCUGAUGGACAUCAGGAGCAAGAAACUUACCUUUGUGCUGGGACUGAUCAUGAAGGGAACAUGUCAUGUGACACAGAAAGCGAAGGAUACAAGGGUGACGCACAUGUUGAGAAUGAAGCAUUUUCAUCUGAUGAGGGUCAACCUGAAAGAGUUGAUGCAAACAGUGAGUGUAGGGAGAGUAAAAUGGCACAAGAGUUGGAAGAAACCGUCCAGAUUGAACAAAUAGUUGAUAACGAUGAAGAAUGCGAUCCGAAUCAUGAGGAUGAAAAGUGUGCAAGGAAGAGAGAAGAUCCAGAUAACACAGAUGUCCAAUCUGAGCUUUAUGGACAAGAUGUAGAACAGGAAAUGGUGAUAAACAUGAUGGACAAUGGAGAGACAGAAAGCAUUGGAGGUUUUAAACUUGCAGAUGAACAUGAAAAGGAGAAAAAUAUUGUUGACCAGAAUGAUCACGAGAAAACUGAGAUUGAUGAAGACCAAGGACCUGAAUUACAAGUGCCAGCUGAUGCAUUUGUCCUUGAAGAAGGAAGGAAGUUAUUCGGUGAGACAAUGGACAGUAAGAUAGAAUUGGAGGUGGAAAACACAAGCAGUGAAUUUGUUAAACAAAAUGAGCAAGAAAGUUCACCAGAGUGUGAAACAACUGAAGCUGAUGGACGUCAUGAGCAGAUACAGAAAGUCAUUGCUGCAGAAACAGUGUUGAGCAGUCAUGAAGAAUUAAUGGAAAUCAGCAGACCUGCGAUGAAAAGAGGAUUUGAUCAAGUGAGCAAAGAACUUCCAGAGGUGAAGACAGAAGAAAAAUCUGAUUUGGACCUACAGGCAUUCGAGGACUCUUCUUUGGACUUUACCAUUCAGAAGUCUAGAAUUGCUGUGAAGAAUCCCCUAAUUCGUCCCCCUAAAGACCCCAGAAAGCUCAUUUACAAGAUCUCGGUCGAACCGCUUCUCCUUCAGCCUCCACCGUGUGCUCCGAGAGCUGAAGUCUCAGUUCCAAGUAAAGGGGUGAUUGGAUUUAAACUCCCAGGUCUGGGCGCAGGGCUGCCGGUCCUGAGAAAAACUGAGUUUGGGAAGAAAGCGAGAGAAGAAGGAGAAGAAGAGCACACACUACAUCCACAGCUAAAGUCAGUUGCAGUAACAGAGGAUUCUGUCAAACAAGAGCAAGCGUCAGCAGCUAAACCCAAAUGGACACCCCCGAAGCAUCCUGGCUUGGGCGGUCCCUUGAUGAUGGCAGAACUCAAAAGCAAACUCAAAAAGCCUGUUAAGGAGUGAUACAUUUCAUUACAUCAUGAUUUUCUAAUGCAUUCUCCACCUGUUUUUAUAUGUCAGUUCUUGUCCUAUUCAAGCUCUAUGCAGUCUGGUAAAUAUUGUAAAAAACUAAAUUCUAUUAUUCUAUUGCACAAGUGCGCAGCUGUAGCACAUUUCAUUUUUCUUCAGUUAUUUUGUAAGAAGUUUUUUUUUUUCAUUUUUAAGUUUAACUGAGCUUAUUUGUCUGUAUUUGUGUCUGUAUUUAUUUAUAUUCGAGGAAAAAUAUAAGUAUGAGUAAGCUUUUUUGUAAGCUAAAUAUCAAUAAACAUUUUUGCACUUUUUCA